AUGCGUGAGAUCGUUCAUCUUCAAACCGGCCAAUGUGGUAACCAAAUUGGUGCUGCUUUCUGGCAAACUAUCUCUGGUGAGCAUGGUCUUGACGGCUCUGGUGUCUACAAUGGAACCUCCGAUCUCCAACUUGAGCGUAUGAACGUCUACUUCAACGAGGCUUCCGGCAACAAGUAUGUUCCCCGUGCCGUUCUCGUCGAUUUGGAGCCAGGUACCAUGGAUGCCGUCCGUGCUGGUCCUUUCGGUCAACUCUUCCGCCCAGAUAACUUCGUUUUCGGUCAAUCCGGUGCUGGUAACAACUGGGCUAAGGGUCAUUACACUGAGGGUGCUGAGCUUGUCGACCAAGUUCUUGAUGUCGUUCGUCGUGAGGCUGAGGGCUGUGACUGCCUUCAAGGUUUCCAAAUCACCCACUCUCUCGGUGGUGGAACUGGUGCCGGUAUGGGUACGCUUUUGAUUUCCAAGAUCCGUGAGGAGUUCCCAGAUCGUAUGAUGGCUACCUUCUCCGUCGUCCCAUCGCCAAAGGUUUCCGAUACCGUCGUCGAGCCAUAUAACGCUACUCUCUCUGUUCAUCAAUUGGUCGAGAACUCUGACGAGACCUUCUGUAUCGACAACGAGGCUCUCUACGACAUUUGCAUGAGAACCUUGAAGCUCAGCCACCCAUCCUACGGAGAUCUUAACCACUUGGUCUCCGCUGUCAUGUCCGGUGUUACCACCUGUCUCCGUUUCCCUGGUCAACUUAACUCAGAUCUCCGAAAGUUGGCUGUCAACAUGGUUCCAUUCCCCCGUCUUCAUUUCUUCAUGGUUGGAUUUGCUCCUUUGACCAGUCGUGGCGCACACUCUUUCCGUGCUGUUACUGUUCCAGAGUUGACCCAACAAAUGUAUGAUCCUAAGAACAUGAUGGCCGCUUCCGAUUUCCGUAACGGUCGUUACUUAACCUGCUCUGCUAUCUUCCGUGGUAAGGUUUCCAUGAAGGAGGUUGAGGACCAAAUGCGCAAUGUCCAAAACAAGAACUCUUCCUACUUCGUCGAGUGGAUCCCUAACAAUGUCCAAACCGCCCUUUGCUCCAUUCCUCCCCGUGGUCUCAAGAUGUCCUCCACCUUCGUCGGUAACUCGACCUCCAUCCAAGAACUCUUCAAGCGUGUCGGUGAUCAAUUCACUGCUAUGUUCAGAAGAAAGGCUUUCUUGCAUUGGUACACUGGUGAGGGUAUGGACGAGAUGGAGUUCACUGAAGCUGAGUCCAACAUGAACGAUUUGGUCUCCGAGUACCAACAAUACCAAGAUGCCUCGAUCUCUGAGGGAGAGGAGGAGUACGAAGAGGAAGCCCCAAUUGAGGGCGAGGAAUAG